AUGUCAGAACGAAAGGCAAUCAACAAGUGGUACCCGCCAGAUUAUGACCCAUCCCAACUCCCAAAGAAGAAACCCAAGCAGAAUGGUAAUCAAACAAUCAAGAUUCGUAUGAUGGCUCCAUACUCCAUGCGAUGCCUUAAAUGUGACGAAUACAUCGGAGAACGAAGAUCAUUCAAUGCAAGAAAGGAGGUCACACAAGAGAAAUACUUAAACACCAAAAUCAUUAGAUUUUACAUCAACUGCCCCGGAUGUAACAAUACCAUUACAUUCAAAACCGAUCCCAAGAAUGCUGGAUACACCCCUGAAGGAGGUGCAGUACGAAAUUUUGAAAAGAAAAAGCAGCCACAAACUGAAACCGAAGAUGAUUUACUUGAUAGAUUACAGAAAGAGGAAGAAGAGGACAAGAAGUUUAAAGAACUCCAGGAAAAGAGAAAGAAGAACCCGUUUUGGAAAGAACAAUCUACUGGAAUGGAAAACUUGGAAAAACGUUUACAAGAACAACAGAAACAACAAGUACUUAAUGAACAAUUAGAGGCAAUUCAAUCCAAAGUCGAUGUGGAUAAAGAAAAACUAGAAGACAUGGCUCGAGAGAAACUAAAUCAAUCCAAACGUAAACUUGACAUUCCUCAAACUAUUAAACUAAAGAAAAAACCUAAACUAUUGGUAAACUACUCAAGUGAUUCAGAUUAA